AUGUCGGCUGAGCAAGCGUUGCUAAUUGUUCGUGGCAUCACGCGCGCUGCGGAAGGAGCUGAGGAUGGCACCGCAGAGACCAAAGAAAAGCUGCGGGUGGCUGCAGGCAAGGUAUGUAACUCGUUGAUGUUCUUCAUCGAGCACCCAGACAACAGAGUCCAGAGUCACUGCGCCAACACCCUCAAAAAGUGCUACGAGAGAUACCCUUGUUCUAUCAGCGAUGCAAACAUGGUCUUAGUGAGGCAGGCAUACGCGAAUUGCAUCAAGACCGCCGAGGAAAACACAUUACGGGGUGAGAAUGAGACGGCCUUGAAGACGUUCGCGUGGAUUGUCAGUCGCGCCGAUGGUGCGGACUUUGCAAGGGCCCAGGAUCUGGAGGAGCCCGAGGUUGGUGCCAAGGAUCAAGGAGGCCAAGUGGCUGUCAAGGCUUCAAGCCAGAAAGACGAUGAGCAGCUCAGAUCAGCCGUGCUAGCGGAGGUGAUCAAGCUUCCACAGGUUGUCAGCGUCACCUUUGAGGCAGAUUUCGUCGUUGUAUCAACGAAGACAUUGGCAGAUUCAAGAAAUGCAAAUUUUCUGGCUGACCU